UCGUAGAGCACACGUAUCAAAGCGAUUGAAAACUUAAUUCAUCAUGACUGGUCGCGGUAAGGGAGGAAAGGGAUUGGGAAAAGGAGGAGCGAAGCGACAUCGUAAAGUACUUCGCGAUAACAUCCAGGGUAUCACCAAGCCGGCCAUCCGUCGUCUGGCGCGCCGUGGCGGAGUCAAGCGUAUCUCUGGACUAAUUUACGAGGAGACACGUGGUGUGCUGAAGGUCUUUCUUGAAAAUGUUAUCCGUGACGCGGUUACCUACACCGAGCAUGCGAAAAGGAAGACCGUGACUGCCAUGGACGUUGUCUACGCCCUGAAGCGCCAAGGAAGAACUCUCUACGGCUUCGGCGGUUAAAUGUAGACGGAAGACGACAGUUUUUACUGCGUAUACAAUCGGCCCUUUUCAGGGCCACAAAUAUUUCGAACAUUGAAUUUCUCUCGUUACAGCAUUAUUAAAGCAAUUCUUAGAUAUUUUUAAAAUUGGUUUUUAAAAAUAAUUUUAUACGUUCAAGCACCUUGUUUUCGUAUCUAAUAUUACAACUAAUCUUGCGUAUUCGUCUUUUUGUGACAUUAUAAGAUAACCGCGUGAUGUAAAAGAAAAGGAAACUUUAUUCAGAAUAAAAUAAAAAUGCAUUUA